CCCCCUCUCCGCCGCAGCGCCCCGGCGCGGCCCCAUUUCCCGAUGCUGCCGCGGGCCGCAGUGCUGGCGCCGGGCGCCUCGCCGGGGCCUGGGCGCCGCUCGCCGCCGCCGCCCGCCGGCCUCGAGGAGGGGCAGCCGCCGCGGGGCCGGGCCAUGGCGAGCGGCGGCGCCGAGAGCGGCCCGCACCGGCCGGAGGCGGCGGGGCCGCAGGCGGAGGCCGCGGAAGAGCCCGAGGGCGGCAGCCGGCGGUGGGGCGCUCAGCACGCCGGGGCCCGCGAGCUGGCCGAGCUCUACUCCCCAGGAAAGAGACUACAAGAAUGGAUCUCUGUCAUCUUGUGCUUCUCUCUGAUUUGUUUCAAUUUUUACAAUCUUCUCUUCUACUUGCGACUGGAACACACGCCCUCUGUUAUUGUGGGGAUAUUUGCAGGAGUCAUUACGGCUGACUUUCUGUCGGGAUUAUUUCACUGGGGAGCAGAUACCUGGGGAUCUGUGGAGCUACCCAUAGUUGGAAAGGCUUUCAUCAGACCCUUUAGAGAACAUCACAUUGACCCCACUGCAAUUACCAGACAUGAUUUUAUAGAGACCAACGGAGACAACUGCUUUAUGACGCUAGUCCCCUUGGCAAACAUGGCGUACAAAUUUGUUUCUUUUUCCCCAGAGGCAUUAUAUGAAACAUGUCCUUGGGAGUGUUACGUCUUUGCCCUUAUCAUCUUCAUAACCAUGACAAACCAGAUUCACAAGUGGUCUCACACGUACUUUGGUCUUCCACGCUGGGUCAUAUUUCUACAGGACUGGCAUGUUAUCCUGCCACGAAAGCAUCACAGGAUCCAUCAUGUGUCUCCACACGAGACAUACUUCUGCAUUACAACUGGUUGGCUGAACUAUCCAUUAGAGAAGAUAAGAUUCUGGAGGUGUUUGGAGAACAUUAUCCAAGCAGUUACUGGGGAGAAGCCAAGAGCAGAUGACAUGAAAUGGGCUCAAAAAAUCAAAUAACUUUUGCCAGCCUUCCGCAAUCCUUAACUUGUUGCCAAUGUUCUUUUUUUUUU